AUUUCAUUAAAUAAUGUUUUAGAUUUCUAUGAUUAGACAUAAACGGUAAGUUGCUACCCACAAGCCAGAUGCUUUAAUGUCGAAGACAUGGUAUACCUGGGUCUUCAUAAAACGCAUUCGAUUCGCGCAGAUAAUUUUUAAACUAACCUUAUUCCAUAUAGUAUCAAAUAUGCUUCAAUUGCAGAGUCCUGCUAAAAGGUUCGAAUUAUCUCAACAUAUUCUUCAGAAAAGAGAGCUUUGUAAAGGUGCUCAAUGCCCUCCUAAAAAAUAUUGUAGACAGUUUAAUGUCGACCAAGAGUUUUGUCAAUGUGUUGAAAGGUUUUAUACAAAAGGCAGUGAUUGUUUGGAAGCGGAUGCUGUAUGCGAUGUUCAAUUGAUAGUUCGGAUUCAAAACUUUACAGGCUUUAUGACGGAUUCGUUAUCCAAGGAAUAUUUUGAACUAGAGAAAAAUUUCACACAGGCCGUUAAUUCACUGCUUAUAAAUUCCUUUCGAGGUCAAUUCAAAGAAUCUCAGAUGGUAUCCAUAAGUUCGAUUACAUCUAUGGAAAAGGUAAUGAUGAAAUUGCUUUUUCAAGCUGACGUUCUCCCCUUGGCCCAAGAUGUAGAGAACACCCUAAUUAAGUAUUUGAAAAACGUCGUCAAAAUACCAAUCGAAACAAUUGAAUUGAAACCUGCCUGCGAUAAAUUAUCAAUCCCUCCAGCUGUAUGGUCAGUAGAAGCUGUUGCCAGCGAUACUACAGCUAAAGUAGACUGGUCUUUUAAGAGUACCAUAAAUAUAGAUCAAGUAAUAGUUCAAUAUGGAUUUGAUUCUACAGAUUUAGAAAAAUACGAAAGGAUAAAUUUAACUGUUGAACGGUCAAAUAUAGAGCUAAAAGAACUAAUGCCUCUAACGCUGUACGUCGUUUAUGUUAGCGGCCAAAAUAAAGUUGGCAUCGGACCAAGAAAACUUGCCAAAUUUCGAACUUUGCAACUCUUAAAGGUUGCGGACCCUGAGGCAGGUUCGAAGUCAACUGUGAUCAUUAUAUGCGGUUUUGUGAUAGCAACAGUUUUAAUAUUGGCAGUCAUCGGGUUCAUACUUUUACGCAAAGAUGAAACAGGAGAGAUGAUCAUCAAAAAAAUCAUACGUAAACGGAAGCGCAAAAAAAAGGAAGGAGUGAGUGGCGAAUCGAGCCCGGACAAAACUACUGCUGACGUUAAAACAUUAAGUCCUGUCGAUGGAGCGUCUCCCUUAAAUCCUAACGCCGAUCCGGGUUCGACCCCCGCGCAACCUCCGGGUCCGGGAGAAUAUUAUUAUGAUGAUUAUUACUAUAAUGAUUAUGCUUAUGAUACUAUCCCAAUACCCUUAGAUGCUACGUUUGAAACAGAUACCUAUGGAGCCGAAUCAAAUUACAGCCCUUAUAAUUAUAACGAAGGAGAAUAUACGGAAAUUAAUCUAAACGACCCUAAUGCUGUCCCAAUUAUAAAGAGUAAAGAAAAAGCUCCAAGCACGGAAUUUGAAAAUAUACCUCUAACUGAUAACCUGGGUGGAACCGUAGAGCCGGCUCCAAGAAAACUCUAAAAUAAUAAUAUGAAAUUAUGGUGAAAUAGUUUGGGAGGUCAGGCAAGAAGAAGACUUUUUAAUAACUAAACGCAAUCAAUACAUUUCUGUAAUUUAUAUUUAAAAUCUGUCUGUAUCAUUUUUUUAAAA